AUGGGCGGAAUAUCAUUUCUGGGCAAAACAACCAUUGUUCUCAGCCUUGUGCAAGCAGAACGCGCGACAGUGUAUGAUGAACAACAGCAGCAAGUUCUGGUGACCGACAUUCCGAACAAUCUUCAGAAUGACCGAUCUAACAUCAUUUUCAUUCUGACGGACCAAGACUUGAUGCUAGACUGGGUUUCGUACAUGCCUCAAUUGAACAAGCAUCAGGCGCAACAGGGAACAUUCCACCGCAACCACUUCGUCACGAAGUUAUGA